GCACAACACCACCAACAUCCACAGAUAUCAACCAUGUCUGCCCUCACCGGUGGCCCCCCACCGAGCGCAACUGUCUACGUCCGCAACCUCGAAGAGCACAUCAAAAUCCCGCAGCUCAAAGAAGCUCUGACCGAACUCUUCUCCGAGUAUGGCGAGAUCAUCGAUAUCAUCGCAAAGACGAACCUGAAGGCGAAGGGUCAAGCGUUCAUCGUGUUUGAUAGUAUUGAGAGCGCGCAGAAGGCGAUCGAAGAGGUUCAGGGCUUUGAGCUGUUUGACAAGCCGAUGCAGCUGGCGUUUGCGAGGACCAGGAGUGAUGCGAGUGUCAAGAGAACCGGGGAUGAGGAUGAGUUUGAAAGUCAUAAGCGGAGACGGUUGGCUGAGAAAGACAAGAAGAAGGCGGCUGAGGCGGCGGAAGAGCAGAAGAGACUCAAGCGCGCUGCUCCUGGUGUUGUGCCAGAUGUUAAUGCUCGUCCUGCGAAGGCGUCUAGAGGCGCAGGUCUCAAGUCUACAAAUGCUGGUGCUGCGGCUGUUAUCCCUGACGAAUACCUGCCUCCGAACAAGAUCCUGUUUGUUCAGAAUCUGCCGGAAGAAUAUGAUAUCGAUGCUUUGACAGCUAUAUUUGGCAGAUUUGAGGGCUUUAGGGAAGUUCGGUUGGUGCCUGGAAGAAGGGGAAUCGCUUUCAUUGAGUAUGAGACCGAGACGGGUGCUAUCAGCGCGAAGGAGAAUACGGCCGGUAUGGCAUUAGGAGACGGAUCUCAAGUCAUGAAGGUCACGUAUCAAAGACAGUAGGUCACGGUACAAGUGUAUAAUACAGCCAAAAAGUAGCAAUUGAGAAUGCUUUGACCGGAUAUGUGUCCGCUAAUACUACAUGCAGCAUUCCGAAAUAUUCUACUAGGAAACAGGCUAUCCAUGGGAUGAUAUGGAUCUAGAAGAUAACAUCUUGAUCUUCCUGAUCACCCAAAAUAUCAGGUUGUCCUGCCUCAUCAUUCUCCUUGUCACUAUCGGCCUUGGCUUUAGCCUCUUUCUUCAAUCUCAUCUCUGCAUCUUGUGCAGCAGUAUCUCGUUGUUUCUUCUUCUGAACCUUCUUUAAUCGGAAGAAUUCUUCUCUGUCCAAUUCAUCCAAUUCCGAGUUGAUAU